AUGCCGGAAGCAGAUGCCGCGGCAGGCGGCCAGCCUCCGCGACAGGAGGCGCAAGGCGGACAAUCCUUCUUUAUGAAGGUUGUCCAGGGCAUUGCGAUGUACAUGGCCAUGCAAUUUGUCAUGAAGCAAGUCAUGGGUACCGGGUCGAAAACCACAACAGUCCAAGACGCCAACGGAAACGUCGUGAAGGUUGCGACCGCGAGCCAAAUACCGCCAUACAGCGAACGGCCUACAAAACUGAACGAAGGUGCUAUCUACAACCAUGUGCCGCAACUCGUGGCCCCGAUCUGGCCCGACAAUAGCGCAGUUGACAUUAUUGUAACUGUCUCGCCGUCGUUCGUCCCCACGCCCUUGAAGGACCUUCCCAGGGAGGCCAUCGUGUUUGAGGAGAAACAGUUCAGGAUAGGCAAUUGGACCGAUAAGCGCACAGCAGAAGGAACCAUUUCUGUGCCGACACCUGUCCAGCACAAUGGCACGCUUUGGGGACAUUUCUAUGUCGGGCUUUCAGGAGCCCUCCUGGAUCCUACACAACCAAACUACGAUCCGGGCUCGGCUUACCACUUUGUUCACCCGCUUACCCAAUACAUUCCCAAGAAGAAGGAGAGUAAAACAAGAAACCUACUGGGUGACUCCGUCGAGUCUAGCGAGGAAGCGGCUGAAGAGGAGCCAGAACAGUCUGGCCCUGUCAUUGCGAACUAUUACCACCCAAACGUGUCACUGUCGUUCAUUCCAAACUCGGGUGUCAUCUCCAUCGCCCAAGCCCACCCAGCUGUUCGUCACUAUAUUCACCUUGAGACAACUGGCGCACGCGACGGGUCCGGCCGCAACUCGUGGUAUUAUCCCAUUCUCUUUGUCAACACUUUCUGGCAGCUCAAAUCCCACAUGACGCUCCUCAACGAUACUGUCCGGACCCUCCCCAUCCGCGUCGACCUGAACAAUCUGGCCGAUUGGAAGUUCAAGACUAUGGCUUCGAUUGAGGCGAGUGCCAAGGCAGCGGCUCACCAGGCAGCAUUUGGACAAUCACUGCCAGGUGGUGGCGACGGCAGCGAGAUCGAAAUGAUCAAGGAGAUCUUCUUCGACACCAACCCGAUCCUUUUGGGCGUGACCGUCGUUGUUAGCAUUGCCCAUAUGAUUCUGGAGACGCUGGCGUUUGGCUCCGACAUUGCACACUACCGCAAGAAGAAGGAUAAUGUGGGCAUAUCGGUGCGAACCAUCCUCGGCAACGUUUUCAUGCAGACCGUCAUCCUUCUCUACCUCAUUGACCAGUCCCAAAACACGAGCUGGAUGAUUCUGGGCGGCCAGGCGGUCGGCAUUGUUAUCGAACUCUGGAAAAUCACGACUGUUGUCAACGUCCGGGUGCGACCAGCACCAGGAUCCCUGAUACCCUGGCGGGUAUCGUUUGAGGACAAGCACAAGCUCAGUGAGACGGAGGAAAAGACCAAGGAGUACGACCAAAUUGCCUUCAGGUACAUGUACAUUGCAGGCGUCCCGCUGCUGAUUGCCUACGCCAUAUAUUCGCUCAUAUACGAGACACACAAAUCGUGGUACUCGUACAUCAUCACGACGCUGGUCGGCUCCGUCUACGCAUACGGCUUCCUGAUGAUGGUGCCCUCGCUCUACAUUAACUACCGCCUCAAGAGCGUGGCGCACAUGCCUGCCAAGGCCAUGAUGUACAAGUUCCUCAACACCUUCAUCGACGACUUGUUUGCCUUCACCAUCAAGAUGCCGAUCCUGCAUCGCCUUGCCACAUUCCGCGACGACAUCAUCUUCUUCAUCUACCUGUACCAGCGGUGGGCCUACAAGGUUGAUUACAGCCGUGUCAACGAGUUUGGCCAGGGUGGUGAGGAUGAAGAGGUUAAGGAUGAGAAAGUGAAAACGGAGAAGGCAUUGCCCAGUGGCUCUGCGGAGCAGGCUGCCGGAAGUGCGGCGAUCAAAGCGACCGGGGCAGCGGCACCCAAGGCGACGAAGAGGAAAUAG